GUAACCAAAGUCAACUGGAAAAAUCAGUUAAUAUAGCUAGCUUGAUGGUUCUUAUGGCACUUCAUAUGGUUUCAUCUAAAACUCUUUCACAUUCUUUUGUGAUAGCAUAAUAAUAAGCAUGUAUAGGAAUUGCUAAGAAUAGUUUUGGGAGCUAUCUAUGGCAAAUCAAGAUUCUUCUUCCACUUCUUGCUCAAACCAUGGUUGGACAUAUGAUGUCUUUGUGAGCUUCCACGGGAAAGACACGCGUUGCAACUUCACCGGCUACCUUACCGAUGCCCUGGACAGAAAGGGAAUCCACAUUUUCAGAGAUGACAUAAGGCUGAAGAAAGGAGAAGGGAUUCCAUAUGCACUAGUCAAAGCAAUUGAAGAGUCUAGAAUUGCUGUGGUUGUUUUCUCAGAAAACUAUGCAUCCUCAAGUUGGUGUCUUGAUGAGUUGGUUGAGAUCAUGGGGUGCAUGAAAAAGAAGGGACAGUUGGUGAUUCCCAUUUUCUACUUUGUUGAUGCUUCUGUGGUAAGGCAUCAAAGGGAGAGUUUUGGAAGGUCAAUGGAAAAGCAUGAAGAAAGGCAUGGCAAAGAGACAGUAAGUAAGUGGAGGAUUGCAUUGAAAGAAGCAGCCAAUUUGUCAGGAUGGAGUUUCAAAAAUGGGUAUGAGUAUAAGUUUAUUCAAGAGAUUACUGAGAAAAUAUCAAGCAUACUAAACAUUACCUCUUUACACAUUGCUGAUCACCCAGUUGGAUUAAACUAUAGAGUGUCAAAAGUGGUGAGGCUCCUAGCACCAAAUUCUAAUGAUAUCAAAAUGGUUGGAAUCUAUGGCAUUGGUGGAAUUGGCAAAACAACCAUUGCUAGAGCUGUGUACAACUCAAUUUCUAGCAGGUUUGAAGGGUCAAGCUUUCUUGCUGAUGUAAGAGAAAAUACAAUGAAACAUGGUUUGAUCCAACUACAAGAGACUCUUCUCCAUAAUUUUCUUGGAGAAAACAUCAAGUUGGGUGAUGUGAACAGAGGAAUUCCCAUAAUAAAGAGAAGGCUUUGCACCAAGAAGGUUCUUCUGAUUCUUGAUGACGUAGACAACCUGCGACAACUGAGAUCCUUGGCUGGCAGCCAUGAUUGGUUUGGUUCCGGAAGUAGAAUCAUCAUAACAACAAGGGACAAACAUUUGCUAACUGCUCAUGGGGUUGAAAAUGGAAACAUAUAUGAAAUGAAACAGUUGAAUGAUCAUGAAUCUCUUGAGCUAUUUAGUUUAAAUGCUUUUAGAAGAAAGCAGCCAAAGGAAAAUUAUGUCAACAUUGCGAACCGCAUGGUUCAAUAUGCCAAAGGCCUUCCACUGGCUUUGAAUGUGAUUGGUUCUGAUCUGUUUGGCAAAACAAUUGAAGAAUGGGAAAGUGCAUUGAAGAAAUAUGAAAGAAUUCCAAGCAGAGAGAUCUUAGAUGUGCUCAGAGUAAGCUAUGAUAAUUUGGAUGAUAAUGAGAAGGAAAUUUUCCUUGACAUUGCAUGUUUCUUCAAAGGAAACUUUAGACAGGAUGUGGAAAAGACACUAGUGGCCUCAAGUUUCUUUCCAGAAUAUGGCAUUGGAGUACUUAUUGACAAAUCUCUAGUAACUAUUAGUGAUGCCAACACAAUUAAGAUGCAUGAUCUUAUACAAGACCUUGGAAGAGACAUUGCUAGAAAGGAUUCGCCAUUCGAUCCGGGGAAACGUAGAAGACUAUGGCACUGUGAUGAUGUUCUUGAGGUCCUGACAAAAAACACAGGAACGGAUGCAAUUGAAGGCAUAAUGCUGGACAUGACCAACCUGAAACAAAAAGUUCCAUUAAAUUCCAACACCUUUGAGAAUAUGAAAAGACUUAGGAUUCUCAUAGUUCGGAAUGCACAAGUUUCUGGAGCCCCCAAUCAUCUGCCAAAUAAUUUGAGAUUGCUUGAUUGGGAUGAAUAUCCUUUACCUUCUUUGCCAGCUGAUUUUCAUCCAGAGACACUUGUUGUACUCAACUUGCCCCAUAGUAUUCUCACAAUGGAUGAGCCAUUCAAGAAAUUUGACCAUUUGACAUAUAUGAACUUCAGUGGUUGUGACUCUCUAACUACAUUACCUGAUGUGUCUGGAACACCAAAUUUAACAAGAAUUCUUGCUAAUGAUUGUCCAAACUUGGUUGAGAUUCAUGAUUCUGUUGGACAUCUCAACAAACUAGUCACACUGAGCACCGAACGAUGUCCCAAACUCGAGGGAUUUCCAAGUGGCCUGAGGUCAAAAUCUCUUGAAUACCUUAACCUUAGGGAAUGUUCUAGCAUUCAGAGUUUCCCAAAUGUUUUGGAAAAAGUGGGAAAUAUGAAAAAUAUUGAUAUAGGAGGGACUGCCAUAAAAGAGUUUCCAAACUCAGUUGAAAACUUCAGUAGUAUUGAAGAGUUAAUUUUGAGAUCCUGCAAAAGUUUUGAGGUUCUACCUAGCAAUCCUACCAUGUUUCAAAAUAUUGAAGAGCUGAAUGUGGAAGAAUGUCCUCAACUUCCAAAGCUCUUGUGGAAGUUAUUAAAGGACAGAAUUGAUUCGCUCCCAAAGUUAAGUAGACUAACUCUCAAAAGUUGUGAUCUAUCAGAUGUGGAUCUUGAGUUAAUUCUCAGUUGUUUUCUUCAAUUGAAAUGGUUGAUCCUAUCAAAUAAUAGCUUCACAACAAUUCCUGAUUGUAUUGAAGAUCUUUCAAGCCUCUUGCUGCUACAUGUUGAUAACUGCAAUCAGCUUAGAGAUAUUUCAGUGCUUCCACCAGACUUACAAUACAUAAAUGCAAGGAAUUGCAUGUCAUUGACUUCGCGGUCAUCAGAUGUAAUAUUGAGUCAGGCAUUUCAUGAAGUUGAGUACUUAGACAUUGUUGUGCUCAGGAGACAAAUUCCAAAAUGGUUUGACCAUUGCUGCAAAGGAGGGUCUGCAGAUUUCUGGGUUCGUAGAAAGUUCCCCAACAUUGCUCUUUUUUUUCUGUUAGGAGGCCAAGACGAACAGAGAACCGAUCAUAUGUGCGAAUUCCACUUGUUCAUCAAUGACCUCCUAGUAUUUCAAGAAAAAAGAGGAUGGCCAGUGGAUCAUGUAUGGUUGUUUGAUCUGCAAAUUUACCUCACAGAAAGUGAACGACACAACAUCAGGGAACAAAUAAAGUCUGACUGGAAUCAUGUGAAGAUUUCAUGUUCAGUCAUGAAUGAGCCAAAAGAUGUAAUUGUUAAAGGCUGUGGAAUCCAUCUUUACAAAGAAAGAAUGAACAUCCAUGAUGUCUCCUUUAUUAGUCCUGAUCUACAUGGCUCAAAUAGUGCCUAUGAUAACAUAAAUGAUGAUUUGGAUUUUUAUGAUGAAACAAGCCAAGAUGUUGUUUUCCCUACAGUAUUAGCUAAGUUCUUCCCCAAGAAUAUUGCUGAGCUCUUGGGAAAUCUUCAUUCCGGAAAAAGAACAGGUGAUGAUUUGUCUGACUAUGAUGAGGAGUUGGAACUAGACAGUGAGACUGACAACCAGUCCAUGGAAGUUGAAGAGGAGCAAUAUUUAGCUUCGAUCAAUCUUCAAAUCCCAGAAAUAUGCAAAAUCUCAAAUCAUGAGAAAGAAACAGAUGCCGAUUCCCACAAAAUACUUAUGGAUCCUUCAAGAGGAACACAAGAAGCCUUUGUUAGUAUCAAUGAGGAAGAGCUAAAGCAUCAUAAGAAAGGAAAAUUUAACAAGGAUGGAAUUGCCCCAGAGUCAAGUAUGACUGCAUCAAGAAGAAUAAAUAAUGAAACACAAGUGGGAUAUAAAAUCAAUUCUGGAAAAGAAAUCAAUGGUUCAUCAAAUCCUCAUGUUUCUGAAAAUAUUGGUCUCCACAAUAUCAAACAAAAAUCAAUUAUCCUAGUUGAAGCGAAUGCAGAAGCUAUUGAUCAUAUAAAUGUAAACCAAGUAGAUAUUUAUCAUACACAUACUCAUUUUCCAGCAAGAAUGGAUAAUGGUCAACAAUCAGUGCCUAAUGCAGAAGCAUACACGAGUAUUGUUCAAUCUUCUGUUAAUGAGGACAAUAUGGAAGCAUUUUAUGCCUCCCUUGAAGCAGAGACAGAUUCUGAGUCUUAUCCCCAUGGAAACCAAGCCAACAUUCUAUCUGUUAUAACAAGGCCUAGUGAAGAAACAAAGAAAGAAUUGCAGUUUCUGCGAGACUUGGUCACGAAAAAGUUCUCUCUUUUGUUACACCCUGGGCGUUCUGGAUUGUUGAAAGAUAAGCUAAAGUAUCUCCUCACUUUGCCUCCAGAAGAAGGAGUUUCUCUGAGAACAAAUUUAUUGUUAUCACAGCUUUCAACAAGUUUUGCUCAAUGGAGUGUGGAUUACAACAUUGCGAGUGUGAAACUUGAAUCAGCAGACAAAGAACUAUUGAGAGCUGAGAAAGUGAAAGAGGAACUUAAAGGGAACAAGGAAGAAUACAAGGGAGUUAAGAUGGUGGAAGAUACUCUGCGGGAUCAGUUGGAAUCUUUGGAGGAAAAGAAGAGGGAGCUUGAAGUGCAAAUCAAUGCCAUAAAAACUGAGAUUGCGGAUUUAUCAGCAGAGAGUAACAUAGCUGCUAAGAGAAAGAGAGAAGUAUUUGAGAUUGCAAAGAUUCUGAGAAGUGAAAGGGAUGGUUUGAGGAACCAAGUGCCAAGGUUGAAAGCUGAGAAAGAAUGGGCAAGGGUAACACAGGUUAAUAUUGAAGCAGAGUGGUCAUUGCUUGCAGAACAAGUCAUUGGAAUCACUACUUUUGAAGAAUGAAGAGUGGGUGUAAUAAGAGAUUUAUAAUAUACCAGUCUUAUGUGUAAACAUAACAACUAGAAUGGCACUAGGAAAUAUAUUCUAGCAUGUUUGAUUUUAUUUUUUUCCAUUUCAAAUAUUAAUUUAAUUUCUAUAUGCAUAGAAUUUUAU